AUGUAUAAUGGAAUCGGUCUGAGCACCGCGAGGGGCUCGGGCACAAACGGAUACGUGCAGCGAAACCUCAGCAACUUACAUGGGGACGCUCGGAUAGACGAGAGUGGAGGUAAACAGUAUUUGAGACGACAGCUUCGGCAGAAACACGAGCGCAAACAGGUUGCCACUACUGUUCGAGACAGAGAAAUCGACCUUCACGAGCGCAAACGACAGCUGGAGAUAAAGGUGAUGGAGUACAGAGAGACACUCGAGGAUGAGGGACUUGAGGACAGCGAGAUCGACAAGAAGGUGGAAGAGUACCGCGAAAAACUCAGGAACGAAAAAGAUGCCAGGGAAAAGUCUCCUACACGCGCGAAAGACAGUCGGCCUGGGAACAGGCCGUACCACGAAAAGGCCGACCCGUUUGUGAAACAGGAACCAAAACCUGCGGUCUCUGUACAGACCAAGAGACAAAACUUUGCCAAAAAUGACAUUGCUCGACCAAUCUAG